AUGAGCACCCGGAACCCAGCCAGACUCCUGAGGCUGGCAGGAGAGAGCCUGCUGAGGGACCAGGUUGCCGUCGUCGCAGCUCUGAAGUACCUGCCCACUCAGCUCUUUCCGCCGCUGUUCAUCCUGGCCUGCCUUCAGAGAAAAUGGGAGCCCCUGAAGGCGAUGGUGCAAGCCUGGCCCUGCUCUGUCCUCCCUCUGGGGAGCCUGGGGAGGCUGCCUCCAGUCAUGGUCUUAAAAGCGGUGUUGGAGGGGCUUGCCGAUCUGUCUGCCCAAAAUGUUCACCCCAGCAGGUGGAAACUGCAGGUGCUGGACUUAAGGAGCAUGGGUGUCAACCUCCGGAGAAGGUGGUGUGCACACAGCACCCAGGAGUGCUCUCAGACAGGACUAGUGGCUGUGCACUGCUCCAGCCCCAACACGGACCACGCCUUGCCUCACUUGAAGGUGGUUUUAGACAUUAAUUUCAGUGAAAUGGGCACAUUUAAGUUUUACAUGUACGUCAUCCAAUGGGCCCAGCAGCAGAGGGAAGCUGUGGUACACCUGUGCUGCAAGAUGUUGAAAUUUUAUGAAUUUCCCCUCCAGAGAGCCAGGAAGGUCCUGGAUAGGGUGCAGCUGGACUGCAUCCAGGAGGUGCAAGUGUUCUGCACCUGGGACCUGCCCACCCUGGGGGCAUUUGCUAACUACCUGGGUCAGAUGACUAACCUGCAGAGUCUCUCUCUCAACCACAUCAAGAUGGGCAAUCUGCGGCACCUCAAGAAGCUCUACUUGCAAUCUCCCUCCUUCCUCCGAGGCCAUCUGGACAAGAUGCUCAGGCGCCUGCAGACCCCCUUGGACGAACUCCUCAUAGGCAGUUGCCGGCAGCUGAUGCAAUCAGACCUGACACACCUGUUCCAGUGCCCGAACCUCAGGCAGCUGAAGUCCCUGUGUUUGUAUAUCGCCAAACUCGCUGAUUUUGGUCCCAAGCCCCUCCGAGCUCUGCUGGAGGCAGUGGCACCCACCCUCCAGGACCUGCACCUAGAUAACUGUGGGAUGGUGGACUGCCAAUUCGAGGCCAUCCUGCCUGUCCUGAGCCGCUGUCACCAGCUCAGGGAAUUCACCAUCACUGAGAACAGCCUCUCCAUGGCCACCUUAAAGAAGCUGCUGCACCACACAGCCGAGCUGCGCAGUUUAGAGUUGGAGUAUUACCCAGUCCCCCUGGAGUGUUACGGGCCCCAGGAGACUGUGGACCAGGAGAGAGUGGCCCUGAUCAGGGCUGAGCUCAUGGAAUCACUGAGGGAGUUAGGACAACGCAGGACCAUCCGUCUCUGCACCAAUGACUCUAGCACACCUGAGAUGUGCCUCUGUAGUGACCUUGCUCACUAG